AUGGCAUCAAUGGAAGAAGAGGGUGGUCUGGAAGGCGACGACGAGAGGGGGCAGCCAUCGGGAACAGUGGCAACUGAGGAGGAAGGAACGGGCGCCAGUUGCACCUCCAUAUCCACUCGACACUCCCUCAACCCCGCCGCGCAACUUCCCGGAGCGGCAUCGUCUACAAUCCAUCCAGCCGCCAGCACCCUGCAGCAAACUGAGCAAGCGUCGUCUCAAGCUGCACCGCAAGGCGCAUCCCAGGUCCAGCUCCUCAAUACCACAAGCCCUCACAAGUUUCGCAUUAGUCCUCGAACGAUCCGGGGCAGCUUCAUCGUGCGCUUCGACACCGCGCUUCAAAUGCUCAUUCAGGACGUGCAGCACGGAGGCCAUACCUUCAGCUUCGGCGGCCUGCAUCCAUCGACGUUGGUGCAGACGAUGGAAACCAACGCGCCUUGGUCUGCACCACCCUUCCUGACACUCUUUAAGCACCUCUUGCAACACCUGAAGGCGAGCAAUCCCCAGCACAGUCAACUCAAGAAAUGGCACAUAAGUUUCGCCAGAAUGUUAUUUACAAUGAAGAGCGCGAGUCGUCCAAGCGAGACAGGGGCAGCAGACAAGACGCUCAGAGAUGAGAUUGUCGAUCUGUGGAUUAGGGCUUGGGACGAGCAGCCUAAGGCAGACCGAGGUCGAGCGAAGGUGAAGAGAGAGGACUUGGGAAGCUACUAUUAA